AAAAAUCGAAAACGGUGCUUGCAUAUUAUGCGCAUAUCGAUAAUCACAAGUCGUCCUAAAAAUAAAGAUUGUGAAGUCUUUCUAUUUUCCACUCAACUGCUUUACCGUUUGCUCUGUGCUGGGGCGAAAUAUCGUGACAAUUACAAGCAUUUCGUUCAUUUAGCCUGUUGAUAGCAGAAAUGGCUCAGGGACAGAAGAAAUUCAGCAAGAACCCUGCCAAGAAGUCAUCGUCUUCGUCUAGGAAAGCCAAACAAAGCAAGAAAGACGCUCCUCGCGUUGGCCGCCGUGUGAAGGCGCCAAGGCGUCCAGCUGCCAUUAGCUCAACCAGGCUGAAGACGGAUCUGACUCGGGCAUUGGUCCAGAAAAUCGAGCACGACGUGGCACGACAGGCCACAUCCAAUGACGUCAACCUUCGUGUCGUGGCCAUGCCAAGUAGCCAGGACAGCAAGAAGCCAGCAGGCGGGUCUGGUGCUGCUAAAGCCGGGGUUGCCGCAGCGAAGAAGAAGAAGAGCUAAGUGAUCGGUCGUAUCCAAUGGUGGCUUGCAUUGUGAACUGCCCCAUUUGCCUUCCCAGGGCCAUGGCUGUGCUAACGGUACAGCAUUGCAUCAUGAGCCGGUGCGGUUGUUAAUCGGGUUACUGCAGUGCUUGAGUCUGGUGAGUCUUCCUGGUGGUGGUGAGGUGUGCACUAGCUUAGGAAGGCUAACUAACUUCCCUUAGGGUUGAUGAUGAUUAUUCACUCUUCCCUUCCCUUGGACUGUGGUAUGAGGAUCUAAUAGAGCAAGAUUGCUACCUGCUUACGGGCGGUGCGGCUAGGAUGUGCUCAUAAUGUGUAGCCGUAGAUUCAUCAAAUGAAAUGAACACUGCUCUGUGAGCGUCAUAAUGCAUCAGCAAUGGCCACUGCUUUAUUAUAGUACUUGUUGAAGUAUUUAAUAGCAAGAGCACAUCGCAGUGAUGACAUUGUUUGUGGGAGCAAGAUACAUGGUAAAGCCUGCUCCACUUCCUCCAGAGUGUGUGGUCAUCAUUGUCUCAAAAACAGUUUGCCACAUACAUAUUCAUCAUUUUAAAUUGUCUCUUUUCCUGCUUGUAAAUCAAUGUCAGACCAUAACACACGUUCCAGCGGAUGGACGACAAGCCGUGCAUUCCUUUGCUCUACUAGAAUUAUUAUUUCUGCUGAGUAGUCAAGACUUGUGCUGCAUGUGCUGUAAUUAAUCUCUUAGUUUUGUCUGAUAUCAAUAUGUUACAUUAUCACCGAGUCUAUCUUGCAUCCAGUGCAUACUAUUUCAAACAAACGUGUGGUGAUCUGUAGUUGAAGUGGUUCAAGGGCUGUCUGGGCUUUCAAGACCUGUGUCUAGCGCUUUCCUCCCUCCUUGCA